CGCUCCCAACUAAAAUAAAGUAACAAGAAAAGGGAAAAAGGGUUUCACUCGUUCUUUCCUUUUUUUCUUUGCAAAUCGGUAAUCCAGCUCUCUAACUCCUCGUUCUGGAACUCAACAAUUGCCGCUGCCGCCGCUGCUGCUGCUGCUGCUGCUUUCAGAUAAAUGCAGGUUUUGUUUUGGAUUCCCACUCCUUCCUCUCAGCUGAGAUGACGCUCUCCCCCCUGUAGCUGUUCUGGGUGUUUCCUUUCUUACUUUCCCGAUUAUGGCUAUCCGGGGAGUUGAUUUCAAGUGGUACGAUGGCUUCUUCUUGUCGAUGCUGGCAACGAGCGUAAUAAUUGUUGCCAUCAACUGGAAGCGCUAUCAUUUCUGUACGCACCCUCUGCACAUAUGGAUUGUGGUUGAUUACACUACUGUGUUUGUAUUUCGCCUGUUGAUGUUCAUAGAUAAUGGACUUGCUGCUGGAAUGGGAUUGGAUUUCGGACGGCAGCAGAGGCGUGCCCGUUUUCGUGGAAGAGUUGUGGUCAUUUCAAUCUUGUCUAUGCUACUCUAUCCAUUUCUUUGGGCAUGGACUGUGAUCGGAACACUUUGGUUCACAAGCGCAAGAAAUUGUUUGCCCGAAGAAGGUCAGAAAUGGGGUUUCCUUAUUUGGUUGUUAUUCAGCUACUGUGGACUUGUGUGCAUUGCUUGCAUGUGUCUUGGGAAGUGGUUAACUAGAAGACAAGCACUGAUUGCACGGGCACAGAAUGGAGUUCCAGUUUCAGAAUACAGGGUUCUGGUCGACAUGAUCCAGGUUCCCGAUUGGGCAUUUGAAGCUGCUGGUCAAGAAAUGCGAGGCAUGGGUCAAGAUAAUAAUACUGCAUACCACCCUGGACUUUAUUUGACUCCUACUCAGAGAGAAGCUGUGGAGGCACUGAUUCAGGAGCUGCCAAAGUUCAGGCUAAAGGCUGUUCCAACAGAUUGCAGCGAAUGUCCAAUCUGCCUAGAGGAUUUUCACGUUGGGAAUGAGGUUCGUGGGUUGCCGUGUGCGCAUAACUUCCAUGUCGAGUGCAUAGAUGAGUGGCUGCGGCUGAACGUGAAAUGUCCGAGAUGCAGGUGCUCGGUGUUCCCUAACCUCGACCUCAGUGCAUUGUCCAAUAUAGAGAGGGCUUCAACACCAACCACCAUCACUAGUACCACACGUUACAUGAGGUCACAACCUGCAAGCGAAAGCUACCGGUUGAGGCUACAAGGCUUCCUGAGGCCGGUCCGUAGUGGUGAGGUCAGAGCUCCAGCUCCCCCAACUGAUGCAGCAACCAAUAGUGCCGAAAGUGGUAACCUAGCUGUGGCAAUCGAGCAACCUGGAACGAGUGAACCAGAGGGACAUGUUCCUGUCAGUCACCGGAUCCAAGAUCAUCAUUAGAUGAUUGGUUUGUGAAUUGUCUCGACUUCUCAACUUCCGACCUUCUCCGCUAGAGAACCGGCUUGUGGGUUUGUCCAUAAAACAGUGAUGAUCAGCGCUGUCCAACCAAGUGGACAGCCAGGUUCUUCCGUUUGUCAACUGCAGCCAUGUUUGGCUUGAUGUGGAAAACUUGCUUCAUUUUGUCUGUCAGAUCAUCGUGAAGAGACAUUAGGAACUGUGUUGUGAAUGUAAUGACUAGAAACUCUCACACUCUACAACUGUAAUGAUUCCGUACAUGAUAGACCCAGUGGCGGUUCAGUUGAAAUGUGAUCGAACUGUUGCUUGUAUGGAUUGGAGUCUUUGGAUUAAGGUAGGUAGAGAUUAGAAAAUGACUGGGGUGUUAAGUGUCUGGUUGUGCUUGAAUGCAUUUGAGAAGUGGGCCAAAGUGCAAAUGAGGUCAUUUUGUAGUUUAAUGGGUGUUAUGUGACUUAUGAGAUGAUGGUUUCAUUGUUUAACCAAACCAUCAACUUAUGGCCACCCAUUGCUCUCUUUGAAAGGUCACCAGCAUUAGCUUGAAAUUUGGUAAAAAGCUU